AUGAAUAUAGAGCUGGCAAAUCUCCAUUUGAGUGUGGACACAGUAAAUAAAGUUCUCGGUGUUGCCGACCAGCUGAUAAGUGACAUGUCCUCUGAUCCAUCAUUGAGUUUGAAGGAAAGUCUUGGUCCUCGGCUUCUCUGGUGUCUUGAGAAUCUCUUCCCGGUGAUGUCCUUCACUUCCGAACCCUUCAGUAUUUCCUACGAAAACUUAGCCCUCCAAUACACCGUGACCUCAUGUGACUCUCUAGAAGGUAAUCAGAUUAUGCACCUUGAUGUCACCAACACCACCAUAUCUCUGCCCGGAGACUACACCUCAGACUGUGAUGUCACCAUAUUCUCCAUGACUUAUAAACCCCAGAACGGAACGUUUAGCAGUCAGUAUGACAACGGCGGAAAGACGGGUUACUCCUACUACUUGGCCAGUGACAUAAGAACAAACAUUGUGAUGCUAAAUAACAAGAGUCAUCACGUGGCCAAUAUAAAGAUGAUCUUCACGUGUGGGACCAGUGACUGUGACCGGACCGCUGUAUGUGUCUUCUGGGAUUUCACCCUCUACAAGUGGUCAUCAAAGGGUUGUCAAACCCAAGUCACCGAUGGGAUGACCCAAUGUAUCUGUGAUCACCUGACCUCUUUUGCGGUCUUGAUGUCCGGCUCCAUCCCAGAAACUUCUCAGACCAUCAAUCUCCGAAGGGAAGAGUGAAGAUGAGGAGGUGGUGAAGAAAUUGGCUAAAGCUGUACUCUUC